AUGCUUCUAUCGUAUAUUUUAUUAAACCUAGUGCUGGCCGCAGUGACUUAUGCGGUCAACUUUCCUUUCGAAUCUAUUCAGCUCAACGGUAAGGAUAUCGGAGACUUCGCCCAGAUAUCUUUUGGGCGAGAUUUCAAUGGAUCCUCGUCCAGUGAUGCGUGCAAAGCAUUUCCAGGGACUAGUCAAUGGCCACUCAAUGCGAUAUGGGCACAAUUGAACACCUCACUUAAUGGAGCACUACUACAACCUGCCAUACCCGCAUCGGCUUGCUACGAUGGUCCUGAGAAAGACACUGAAAAGUGUAAUUACCUCCUAUCCAGGGCUUCUGGUUCACGUUUCUAUCUUGACGAUCCUAUCACUGUAUUAACAGAGUGGCCCACUGGAGACACCUGUCCAACGAUGGCCAAGCCCACAGGUAGCUGCACACGUGGUGGGUUUUCUAGCUACGUAGUGGAUGCUACCACUGUUAAGCAUAUUCAAACCGCGGUCAAUUUUGCAAGGAAUCAGAACAUUCGAUUGGUUAUGAAAAAUUCCGGUCAUGACUUUGUAGGGCGAAAUACUGGAGCGGGAGCCAUUAGCAUCUGGCUUCAUCGCCUUAAAAGCUUCGAAUUCUUACCAGUUUACAGACAAGGCGAGUAUAAUGGUCCUGCCGCGAGGGUUAGUACUGGUCUCGAAGCUUGGGAGGUAUACAAAUACAUGAAGACAUACAACAUUUCUAUCGUAGUGCCAGCCGGUAGCACUACGGUAGCGCCAUGGGGAGGCUGGAUGCAAGGAGCUGGGCAUUCAAUAUUGGCUUCUAAAUAUGGACUAGGAGCAGAUCAAGUGCUCUCUUUGCAGGUCGUUACGGCCGACGGUAGUUUCGUCACUGCAGACACGGAAACAAACCAAGACCUAUUUUUUGCGCUUCGGGGAGGGGGUCCAAGCACUUACGGCAUCGUUACUUCCGCCAUCGUCAAGACUUAUCCUGCCCUAGAAGUUUCAAAUGUCCCACUCAGCUUUAGCGGUGGAACUAGCGCUAUUCCCAUCGAGACUUUCUGGGCAGGUGUUGACAAAUACCACCUCAUCGGGAAGAAUGUCACAGAUGUUGGCGGCUCAGCCUACAGCUACAUCUCAUCAUCGAAUAACGGCAGAUCAGCAACCUUUAGCACAGUCUUCGAACUUGCGGGAAUGACAAAGCAGCAAGGUUUUACUUACAUGCAGUCUCAUUUCGACUCACUUAAUGCAGUCGGAAUCCCUGUAAAGAACACGAUGCCAAUCAGUUCGCCCAGCUGGAUGAAUGCUCGUGAUGGUGUUGGAGAUGCUCCAGGUGGAAGCUCACAGUUCUCCAGCCGUCUCUUUCCAGUGCAGAACUUCGACGAUCCUGCACUAUUCAGACCUACAAUGGCAGCUAUCCGUCAAUCCGUUGAAGCAGGCUACCGAUUCCACGGUCUACACUUCCGGCCUUCUCUAGAUAAAGCUGGGUACCCAGGUACUGCAGCCAUCAUCCCAGCGUGGAGAAACUCAAUUAUGCACGCCGACUCUUUCGACAGCUUCAGCAUGCGUGGAAAAACAGCUGUGGAAAUUGCUGAAUCGCGUGCCAGACACAACAUAUACAUGGAUCGAAUCCGAGCGGUCACACCUGGUGGCGGAGCUUACAUCAAUGAAGCCGAUGUACAAGAGCCGAAUUGGCAAGACAGCUUCUUCGGCGGUACAUACGAAAGACUAGCCAAGAUAAAGAAAGAGGUUGACCCUUGGAAUUUGUUCUGGGCUCCUAGUACUGUUGGGAGUGAAGCUUAUGCUGUGAGGACUGAGGACGGGAAGUUUACACAGAAUGGACCGUUGUGCAAGACCUGA